AUGUUGGACAAGUUUUUGGACACAAAGCAUCCUGGGGGGCGAUUUAGGAGCCGCGACCAUGAUCGAGCAGCAGAAGCGCAAGGCGCCGGGGCCGGGGCGGCCCCGGGGGCGCUGCUGCAGGCGGGUCCUCCCAGGUGCUCCUCGCUGCAGGCUCCCAUUAUGCUGCUUUCAGGACACGAAGGGGAAGUUUACUGCUGCAAGUUUCACCCUAAUGGAAACACCUUGGCCUCCGCAGGAUUUGACAGGCUCAUCUUGCUGUGGAAUGUUUAUGGAGAUUGUGAUAACUAUGCUACUCUGAAAGGGCACAGUGGCGCAGUUAUGGAGUUGCACUAUAAUACUGAUGGCAGCAUGCUCUUCUCAGCAUCCACAGAUAAAACAGUAGCUGUAUGGGAUAGUGAGACGGGAGAAAGAGUGAAAAGGCUGAAGGGGCAUACAUCAUUUGUUAACUCCUGUUACCCAGCCAGGAGGGGACCCCAGCUUGUCUGCACAGGCAGUGAUGAUGGGACAGUAAAGCUGUGGGAUAUCAGGAAAAAAGCUGCUGUCCAGACAUUUCAAAAUACUUAUCAGGUAUUGGCAGUAACCUUCAAUGACACCAGUGACCAAAUUAUCUCAGGAGGCAUAGACAAUGAUAUCAAGGUAUGGGAUCUUCGCCAGAACAAACUAACAUACACAAUGAGAGGGCACGCAGACUCAGUAACUGGCCUCAGUCUCAGUUCAGAAGGCUCUUACUUGCUUUCCAAUGCAAUGGACAACACAGUUCGUAUCUGGGAUGUGCGUCCAUUUGCCCCUAAAGAGAGGUGCGUAAAGAUAUUUCAGGGGAACGUACAUAACUUUGAGAAGAAUCUUCUGAGAUGUUCAUGGUCACCAGAUGGGAGUAAAAUUGCAGGCGGGUCAGCAGACCGGUUUGUUUAUGUGUGGGACACAACCUCCAGGAGAAUUCUCUACAAAUUGCCAGGCCAUGCUGGCUCAGUAAAUGAGGUGGCUUUCCAUCCAGAGGAACCAAUUAUACUCUCUGCCUCCAGUGACAAAAGACUGUACAUGGGAGAGAUCCAGUGAAGUAGAAGAACAGAUUCAUGUCUGCCCUCAACACCUUUGGGUUGCAGUAGUAGAAACGUGUUGCCUCUAACCACUGCUGGCCCAUUCAGACAAUGCAGUAACCAAAAAUAUUGAGCCAUCUUCAUUUGCAGAGUGAUAUUUAUUAUCUCUUCGCCAGCAAGACAUCAGAUAAGCACUAUUUGGAUACUCCUACCACACAGAAAAAUAGACUUCUUGGUGGAAAGAGAGUCAGAAAAUGGAGUGUAGUCUAAUCCUUUUACAAUUUUCAAGACCUGUUUUUCAGUACCAGGUGCAGAAGAUGCUGUUGGGCUGUUCCCAAAUAACUUGAAAUUUGUUGUAAUAUGUGUUAAAAUUCAGUAAGUGACUUGUAUAUUUCCUGGCCAGGAUUUCUUUGUUUUUAUACAGAAAAACUAAAUAGACAACUUUUUACAAG